AUGACAACACUACUAGAACAAGUCAUUGUCGCUGGAGAAGCAUUCAAUGUGUAUUACUGCGAUAUCAUCAAAUGUGUGAAGUCUUUAUACGGCGAUCCUGACUUUGCUCGAUAUCUCACAUUUGCCCCCGAGCGGCACUAUGCUGAUGACGAUGAGACUGUUCAUUUAUUCCACAACAUGCAUACUGGCAAAUGGUGGUGGGAAAUGCAGAAAAAACUCGAUGCGCAUCAUCCUGGUGGAACUAUAGUGCCAAUUAUCAUUUCCUCCGACAAAACACAAGUGACCAUGUUUCGCAACAAGACAGCCUACCCUGUGUAUCUUACAAUUGGCAACAUACCGAAUGAACUUCGGCACAAGCCUUCAUCUGGUAGCCACAUCCUUCUCACUUAUCUGCCAACAAGCCGCCUCGAACAUAUUACAAACAAAGCAUCUCGUCGUCGCGCUAUUGCGAAUUUGUACCAUGCGUAUUUGCGCCGUGUGCUUGCUCCACUCAAAUCUGCUGGAUCCGAGGGCAUUUCCAUGUGUAGUGGUGAUGGUGCUUGUCGUCAUUGCCAUCUGUUAUUUGCAAAUUUUGUUGGUGACUACCCAGAACAACUCCUGACUACCGGUGUCAAAUUUGGAGAGUGCCCAAAGUGUGAUGUACUGGACGCACUUGCUGCAUUCGACGACAUAAAUUUAGCAUUUGUUCGAGCAUGUGCCACAGCAGGCAUCAAACCUAUCAUUCAUCCUUUUUGGGAGGAUCUGCCUUUCGCGAAUAUCUUUCACGCUAUCACACCAGAUGUCCUGCACCAGCUAUAUCAAGGUUUAAUCAAGCAUCUCCUGGCAUGGUUGUCCGCAGCUUGUGGAGCGGCAGAAAUCAAUGCUCGUUGUCGACGGCUCCCUCCUAACCAUCAUGUCCGCCUAUUCACAAAAGGCAUCUCUUGCCUGUCACGCGUGAGCGGCACCGAACACGCACAAAUAUGCCGUUUCAUCCUUGGUAUCAUUAUCGACAUCCGCUUGCCCAACAAUCUUAAUUCAGGUCAUCUGCUUCAAGCAGUGCAGGGCCUACUCGACUUCCUGUAUCUUGCGCAAUACCCUUGUCAUAGCUCCGAGACACUUCACUCACUCGACGAGGCAUUGGAUCUUUUCCAUGAAAAUAAGGACAUUUUUAUUCAGCUUGGUGUCCGAAAUAAUUUCAACUUACCAAAGUUGCAUGCCACUCGUCAUUACCACCUCAUGAUCACGUUGUUUGGUACUAUAGACAACUACAAUACUGAAUACACUGAAUGCCUCCACAUUGACUUAGUGAAGGAUGCUUACUGUGCUACCAACCACAAGGACGAGUUUGUUCAGAUGACGUGCUGGCUCGAACGAAAGGAAAAAAAUUUAUGGCACCAGAAGUAUGUUGAUUGGUGUCUUGCUGGUGGCCACCAGUUCAAGCCGUACCAUUCGCGUCCCCCGGAUAUGACAUUCCGUCGUGAACAAGUGAUGACGAAACAUCCUACUUCAAAGGCUGUCAGCAUUCAAAAAUUGGUCGAAGAUUACGGCACAACUCAUUUUUGCGAGGCCCUCACACGCUACAUUGUGCACAAAAGUCGAGAACUUGAUCAUUUGGUGGGUGACAUUCAUUUUCCUUUCCACCGUCUGCCCGUCUUUCACAAGAUCAAGUGGUGCUCAAUUGAUACUGGUGGUUUAACCAAGGGACAUGUUACCUUGGACAGUGUCCACGCGAAGCCUCAACAAAAGUUGGGCUCUCAUCUCAUUCAUCGGCGCUCUGACACUGCUUUCAUUAGACUUGGUUUCAGUGUGGGGCAAUCUUUACAAUUGCUCUUUCCACCCACUGUCAACAUUCCUCCUCACCUUGCAUAUAUCAAAUGGUUCACUCCCUUCCCAUCUGCUCCUGACCGAAACAAUGGACUUUAUAAACUGUCAAGAUUGAUGCAAGGUGGUGACAGAGUGGCUAGUAUCGUGCCAGUGGGUGAUAUUGUGCAUAGUAUCCACCUUAUUCCAAAGUUUGGAGACUCGGCUCCACGAGAAUGGAUUUGGAGUGAGACCGUUCUUGAGGACUGUAACACAUUUUGGGUCAACUCAUACAUUGAUAGACAUACUUUCUUGAUAUUCAGUUAA